CGAGUAAUCGCUUUUCGUAUUAUCAGCCCUAUCUCCCCGCGAAGUCAGUCAACCAAGCAUUUUUUAGUUAGUUGUCCGUGUCGGUCAAGAAAGACGAGAUCCAACGGAGUGUCGUCGCGUGCGUUUAGUUUAAUCCCAGUGUGUUGAUUUUUUCCGAACGUGGCCUCUUGUUGUUGAUCCACCAAACUCACGGGUUCCUGUGCAGAUUCCUAUACUAGGGCGGGUGCUUUCGGUUUAAACAACAACUUGUGUCCACUGUAGGGGUGUUUUUGUUCGUAAUCCUCUAUUUGUUCAUUCUUUCUUCGAAGAUUGUAAUCGGUGUUGUUUUGCAAAAUCGUGUGUCAUCAGGUCCGCGAACCGUUUUACACGUAGUGUGUUCGAAUGGCGGCCGAAAUAAAACCUGCGCCCAGGAGUGCCAAUGACCGCUUCUGCACGACCAAAAAACCGGAACUGCUUAGCAAGCUCGAGGGAUGCAACGAUGACGUGAACGCCGCCGUGCUGAUUCCGGGCGAGGACGGCGUUAUCAGUGUUUGUGAUGGCAAAACGAUACGAGUCUGGCAGAAGCGUGAUUCGGGACAGUACUGGCCAUCGAUUUGCCAGUACAUGCCGUCCGGAUGCACCUCGCUGUGCUACACCCCGGAAACGAGGACACUCUUCAUUGGUCAGGAGAAUGGAACAAUAUCGCAGUUCACGCUUUCGGACGACUGCAAUCGGCUCACGCCGAUACGGGAAUAUUUGGCGCACCAGGCGCGCAUCACAAACGUCACCUUUGCCAAACACACCGGCUGGAUCCUGUCGGCCGGAAGGGACAAGUUCUUCGCCUACCACAGCACCGAAACCGGCGAGCGCAUCGGGUGCUACACAUUCGAGGCGAUGUGUACGGCAAUGCAGUAUGACGCGUUAUCGAAGUAUGUGUUCGUCGGUGACUACAGUGGACAGAUAACGAUGCUCAAACUGAGCGCUACCGGGGCGAGCAUGGUGACGACGAUGAAGGGUCAUUCCGGCUCGGUACGCUCGUUGUACUGGGCCGAGGGACCACAGCUGUUAUUCAGCGGCUCGCAAGAUCAGUCCGUGAUCGUUUGGGAUGUCGGUGGCAAACGAGGAACAACCUACGAACUGCAUGGGCAUAAUAACAAAGUGUCCUCCCUGUCGUACGGUUCCAAUACGCAACAGUUGAUUUCAGCCGGCGAAGAUUCGGUGAUCGUUUUUUGGGAGAUGAACGCUAUGCGCAAGGUAACGCCCGAUUGGGUUGAGUCCGACACGUGCCAGCUGUGUACGCGUGCGUUCUUCUGGAACUUCCGCGCCAUGAUCGAUCAGAAGCAGAUCGGAAUUCGGCAGCACCACUGCCGCUACUGUGGCAAGGCGGUAUGCGACAAGUGCUCGACCAACCGGAUCAAUAUCCCGAUCAUGGGCUUCGAGUUUGAUGUGCGCGUGUGUGACCACUGUCAUCAGCGGUUGAAGAGUGAGGAACGGCCCUCGCUGGCAACGUUCCACGAUGCGAAGCACAGUAUCGUGGCGAUGGACUUGGAUGAACCGCGAAAAAGACUGCUCACCGUCGGUCAGGAUCGCAUCAUCAAGAUCUGGGACCUCUCCUCCAUCUGGGGUUAGUAGACGGUGGAUGGGGGUAGAUGAACGAAGGGGUGACUGACGACUUCUUCGGUUUCACACAUUUUUCCUGUGGCGACACGCUAAAGAACGGCAAUAGCAAACAAAAACAAAACAAAAAAAAGGUGCAAACCAAAUAACGGAAAUCCCACAAGCGAGCAAACGGCAAACCAAUGUUCUUAUAAUUUAUAAAAACACUAAAAGUACUCCCCUGCUCUACUGUUAUCUAGGAUAUUUUCUAACCCCAACAUAGAACACUUUGUUUGAAGGUAAACGUUUUGUAAAACUGGCCUAGACCAUUCCUUCCUUGAAAGAUGGCUUUCCCUAGACACUCUUGCCCAUCGCGGUCCGGGGGAUUAUCUCCUCACAAUUAAGCCACUUACCUACUGCUGUGCAUAACACCAAUUGUAACAUGUCCCACCCCCCUUUGAAUGUGGUCUGAGCAAUGGGGUUUCUUUGGCCUACGGAGUCGGCAUUUAUUACGAGGGUGACUUUGGCUGGCGCAGGGGUCAGGCGGGGAUUUUGUUUUGUUUCUACUAUUUUCGUUGAGUAAUAGAUAAGCGUACUGGUGUUGUAGCGAAAUCGGAAGUCUUGUGGCAAACACAAUCAACCGGGAGGGCGAUUGUCGUGCUUUAUUUCGACGGGCCUUCGAAGGACCAACGUAUGAAAAGGGAAAAUCAAACUGUUCCGGGGCUUGUGUGGACAUUUCUGUCCCAUGCGUAGGCGUGGGAUCGUAUGAGGGAAAUGUAAUCACAAUACGUAUGGAAUCAUUCCGUGAGAUUCCGCUACGGAAAGGGACAAAACAAAUCACACACAGUUGAAUAAUGGAAAAUUCGGAUCAAUAUUGUCGGUGCUUUUAAUGUUUCUAUGUAGGCCGAAGAUUAUAUACAUAUAUUCAAUAAUGUGCAAAAUCUAUAGGCUGGCGGUAAUGGUAAAACACAGUCUUUAGCCAACGAUGCAAAUUGGCCGGGAUAUACACACACAUACACACAAACAACCACAAAAGUAUAUUCAAAACUUCAAAUAAGUAGAGUAACGUAAGAAAUUGAAAGGCCGGCGGAGAAAGGUAUCGAAAACUCGAAACGUACGAAAUGGAACAAAAUCGAUAGCAACCUUGUAAAUUGUAAUCGUGAAUGAUGAUUCGCAAAGAGCAGAGAUAUAUUGUUAAAUUUAAUAAUAAAAUUAACCACUAACUACACAAAC